UGGGUGAACACCAGUUCUCUGCAGCCUGGGCUCCACUCACAGCUCAGCUCAGCUUCCUCUUUGGGCUGGGAGGGAGUGGGGACCCAGGGGCCAGACACACCCCUUGCCUAGGGUCCCCAGAGCCCUACUGGACCCACUGCUGGACAGACAGACACAGUCAUCUCUAGUGCCAGCGCACCCCCCCUCCCAGGGGCUCAGCCCGGCCCUGCUGGACCCACAGCUGGACAGAGGGACAGAGGAACAGACGGACACCCAGAUGAGGAAACAGAGUCAGAGAAAGAAGUGAGCUUUCUAAGGUGACACAGUCACUUCCUCUAUCUGAUGCCUCAGUUUCCCCACUCUCAAAUAAGAAGGAUAGUACUAUACUGUGUUGUGGGAAAAACACUUGGCUUGGAGUCAAGAGACUUGGAUUCGAGUCCUAGUCUGAUGACUUAUUAACUGUGUGACCUUGGGAACCUGAGCCCUGGGCCGAGGUGGCAGAGCCAGGCCAGUAACCGGAGCAGGCUGGCCCAGGAACCAGCCUCCUGAAAAGGAGGUAGCAGGAGGGGCCGGGCCUUGCUCACCCUCUGAGCCCACUCUAGGGCUCCUGGGAGACCCGGACCUAGGCAAGCUCCAGGGCCCCACUGGUCCCUUUCCUCUAGUAUGGGCAUCAAGACUUCACUGCCCCCUCCUGAGCUGGCCAUCUAUGCCUUGGUUCUUGUGUGUGCCCUGGGCUAUGCUGGCAAUGGGCUCUUUGAGGCAUCUCGAGAUAACAUGAACAGGAAGGCCUUCAGGGAGUCGGUGAAGCCUGGAUGGCAUUACAUUGGACGAAAGAUGGAUGUAGCAGAUUUCGAGUGGGUAAUGUGGUUCACCUCCUUCCGUAACAUCAUCAUCUUUGCCCUCUCCGGUCACGUGCUCUUUGCCAAGAUCUGCUCCAUGAUUGCCCCACAGUUCCGCUCAUGGAUGUAUGCAGUGUACGGGGCCUUAGCUGUGCUGGGGACCAUGGGCCCCUCCUACAUGCUGCUCCUGUUGGCCCAUUGCCUGGGUCUCUACAUGGUUUCCCUGCUUAAGCAGCGGUGGCUCUGCUUUACCCUGGGGCUUGCCAGUCUGGCCUCUUUCAAGCUGGAGCCAGCCAAUUCAUGGCAGAGCGGGUUUGUAACGGGCACUUUUGAUCUUCAAGAUGUGCUGUUUUACGGGGGCAGCGGCUUCACGAUUUUCCGAUGCAUGAGCUUUGCCCUGGAGAACUGUGAUUGGCCAGAAGGCAAUUACUCUUUCCUGGACCUGCUCAAAUACAACUUCUAUCUCCCCUUCUUCUUCUUUGGACCCAUCAUGACCUUUGACAAGUUCCAUGCCCAGGUGAGCCAGCUGGAGCCUGUUCGGAGGGAGUGGGAAAUGUGGCAGAUCCGCACCCAGGCGGGACUCAGCCUGGCCUCCAUCGUGGCGGUGGAUGUGUUCUUUCAUUUCUUCUACAUCCUUACCAUUCCUAACGACCUCAAGUUCACCAGUCGGCUCUCAGACUGGGCCCUAGCGGGCCUGGCCUACUCCAAUCUGGUGUAUGACUGGGUGAAGUCAGCUGUGAUGUUUGGUGUUGUGAACACUGUGGCCCGUCUGGAUCAUCUGGACCCACCCCAGGCACCUAAGUGCAUCACAGCCCUCUAUGUCUUUGCAGAAACGCACUUUGACCGUGGGAUCAAUGACUGGCUAUGCAAAUAUGUCUAUGACGCUGUUGGUGGGGAGCACCAGUCAGUGGGGCCAGAGCUGGGGGCCACGUUGGCCACCUUUGCCAUCACCACCUUGUGGCUGGGACCGUGUGAUAUUGUCUACCUGUGGUCUGCCCUGAACUGUUUCGGUCUCAACUUUGAGCUCUGGAUGCAGAAGCUUGCUGAGUGGGGACCAGUGGCCCGAGCGGAGGCCUCAGUGUCCGAGCAGAUGUCCCGGAGAGCUCGGGCUCUCUUUGGGGCUGCAAACUUCUGGUCCAUCAUCGUGUACAACCUCAUGUCUCUGAACAGCCUGGAGUUCAUGGAGCUAGUGAUCAGACGCCUAGUGCUCACAGGAUUCCCUCAAAGCACCCUGGUCAUUCUGUUUGUCACCUACUGUGGUGUGCAACUCAUUAAAGAAAGAGAGAGGCUCCUGGCCCUAGAGGAAGAGAAGGAAGCUGCCAAAGAGAAGGCCGAAUAGGGAGGAAAAGGAGGAAGAAAAAGAAGAAGAAGAGGAGGAAAAAGAAGAGGAGGAGGUAGAAGAGUGGAAUCUGUACCAUUGCCACCACCUGCCUUUCCCCAAGACCCUCCAAGACCCUCCAAACAGCCUGUUCCUGCCCUGCCUCCCCCUCAGCACUGCCCUGACUCCCUGGGUUCUAGGCCACAAAGGAGGCAAAGCCUUCAAGACAGAAUAAAAUUUUUUGCUACAACA